GCUCCUUAUAUUUGUAGUACAAUCCUUCAUAACAAUAGAACCAGACCUCCCAACCAUCAUCAGAAAAGAAAACACACACCAAAGCCUUCAUCAGAUUCGCUAAAAGCGAACACUAGGUGGAGGCAGGUGUACAUCUGAGAAGAGAUGAGGUAGUGAGAAGCUUUGAUGGAGGAUGGUAUUGAUUGGGGCUAUGGGUUCUGCAAAUGGCCUUGUGAAUGUCCAAAGUAAUCAACCUCUUUUUUCAUUUGGGGUCAUAACAGAUGUCCAGUAUGCUGACAUUCCCGAUGGGCGUUCAUUCCUUGGGGUUCCACGCUAUUACCGACACAGCCUUCUUGUAUUGCAAAGGGCUGUAAAGAAAUGGAACCACCGAAGGCCUAACUUCAUAAUGAAUUUUGGGGACAUUAUUGAUGGAUUUUGUCCCAAAGAGCAAUCUCUCGAUGCUGUGAAGAAACUGGUAAUGGAAUUUGAUAAUUUCAAUGGUCCCGUUUAUCACAUGAUUGGCAAUCACUGCCUCUACAAUCUUCCUCGAGAGAAAUUGCUUCCCCUUUUGAGAAUCCAUAGCCACAAUGAUCAUGCCUACUAUGAUUUUUCUCCAAUUCCUGAAUAUAGAUUUGUAAUCCUUGAUGGCUAUGAUAUCAGUGCCAUUGGCUGGCCCAAGGAUCAUCCUAAAACUUUGAAAGCCUUAAAAUUUCUAAAUGAGAAGAAUCCCAAUUCAGACAAGAACAGUCCAAAUGGGCUGGUUGAUCUGGAGAGAAGGUUCCUUAUGUUCAAUGGAGCUGUCGGGAAAGAACAGUUAGAAUGGUUGGAAAAUGUGCUAUCAGAUGCAACAAGGCUGAAUCAGAAAGUAGUGGUGUGCUGCCAUCUGCCUCUGGAUCCUAAUGCAUCAUCUCGUGAAGCUCUAUUAUGGAACUAUGAUGAAGUGAUGGAAGUACUACACCGGUACAGUUGUGUCAAGGUCUGUCUAGCAGGACAUGAUCACAAAGGUGGGCAUUCAGUUGACUCUCAUGGUAUUCAUCAUCGGGUUUUUGAAGCGGCAUUGGAGUGCCCUCCAGGUACAGAUGCGUUCGGGUGUGUAGAUGUUUUUGAUGAUAGGUUAUCACUUUCUGGCACUGAUAGAAUGAAGAGUACAGAAAUGAUUUUCUGUCGUUGAUUUUGAAAGAAUGGCAGGUUAUAGAAGUUAUGACCAAUUCUGAGUUGAAGUUACUGAUACGGAAUGUAGUUAGUAUUCACGGAAAACCCGUUUUUAUCUCAGGAAAGUGUAAGAUGGUUACGCUGAUCUCUAUUAAUCUGGAUUUCCUUCCAAGAAGUCCACCAUUGAUACUAUACUAUGAUGAUCCUUUUUCUUGUUCGUGGAGCCUUUGAUUGAACCAAAAAUCAAUAAAUCUCAAACAUUGUUGUUAGUUCAAUUCAAUUGUUCAUCAACCCAUGAUGUAAGAAGAAUAAAGGAUCAAUAAAUCUCUUUGGUUUAUUUGCAACAGAUA